AGGAUUGUGACAGCGCCUACUUCAGCUUAUUGUAUGCUUAAUCGCUGACACUUCAUAGCAAGUUUAUUUUUAUGGUGGAUUAAUUCGGGACUGAAAUGAUCUUUAAAUCUAUUGUGUUGUCAUUUCACUAGGCUUGGAUUUGGACAAGACAUCUUCGAAUUGAAAUUAUUUCUGACUCCUUCACUAUGAUAGCAUGUACAAUGGUGUAAGUGGGAUUUAAAUAUUUAUCUGCCGUCGUAUUUCAAUACACUGAUUUUGAGGGAACUUUAUCAAACGACCUGGUAGUGGAGUCGAGAUACCAGCCCAGUGACUAUCUAACCCGACUCUCUAUGUGAACAUUCACCUUAGAACAGAUUAAAAAAUAGUGUUUCAACUGCCAACAUCUGAUACUUAAUCAGCAGGUGGAGGACUUAAGUAUAACAUGAUAAAAUGUCUCUAAGAUAAUCAGGAACUACCAACAAAACAGGAGAGGUCUUAUAUUGACUUAUACAAAUAGCUGGGGAGCUCUACAACACAGUGUGAAGGGCUACAGCAUGCUGACUCAAUCCUAAGGAAACACUUCAAUUGAUCCAUUAACAGCUAAAAUAUUAUGGCAGUAGUAUAAACAUAUAAAAAAGGACGUACUUGAACAAUUUUAAAUGACAUUCCUUAAAGCAGAGUUUUAAUAUGUUGAAAAGUUUAAAUCCCUGAUAAACAAUAUUCUAAGCCUGUCAGUAUAAGUAUGAUUCUGCCUGAAGUGCUACAGUUUAAUUUCCUGUUAACAUUUUGGAUUGUGUUGAGGUAUGAGGCUGAUUUAUCACUUGAAUGCCUGACUUGUAUCUGACUGGAUUUACCUGUUUACCACCUGAGCAUUACCUGUCACUAAACCAAAUAUAGUGAUUCAAAGCCCGGUAACAUGGGAAGUAUAUAGAUAUUGAUCCUUGUCAACCCUUACCAGUGGCUAUGGUAUGGGGACACCUGAUGUGGACAUCUGAUUCGACUUUGGAAACCUGAUCAUUGUGUGGAGUCUUAUGGUAGUGGUGGAGAAUGCCUACUUUUGUUACUGUGACGAUGGAUGAUAAUAACUUGUGUGAGGUCCUCACUUUAAAUGGCUGUACCCAAACUUCAUUUUCCUACAUUAUGCCAUAUUAAACAUUUCAAAGAAAGUGAUGGAAUUUUUCGUAUGAUGAUUUGAUUUGUUAUAUCUUAAAAGUUGUCCCGUGAUGAAGAACAGGCAAGUCAAGAACCUUAAUCCCUCGGAGAAGGCUAUACGGGAGGCUGCAUUCAAACACCUCAAGAAAGAUGAGGAGGAGAAAAUACCAAUAAAAACAGUUUUGUAUGUGCCUCAUCGUAGUAGCUACUUUGGGCGAUUCCCAAUCGUGUCUGUGCACAAACGUCCAAGAGAUGGUCGCUACGUUGUUGUGGAGCAACGGGCCAUACACACAAAUUUCUCUGAUCGUCACCAUGAAAUCGAAUUCUUGGAAAAACUGGAAAAGGAAAGUGGAUCUUAUGACCCAGACAUUAAAUUCCGCAGUCUUAAACCGGCCUGGAAAUGGGGAACAAAAGGCAACCACAUCGAACAUUCUUUUGACCGAUCUUACCAGGAGCCCUACCUACCACCUAUCAACAUGCCAUGGUCAUCAGAUGCUAAAGUUGGUUCCCUUGAUAAUGUUGAUCAUAUACCAGGUGGAGGUGUCAAAAAGGUGCCAAAUUACAAGCUGAGGUGGGAAGCAAAAGCAAAAGUGGGAUCACUAGAUAACGUAGACUAUGACAAGCGCUACUUUGGGUCAGACUCCAGUCUCCAGGGCAACCCAUCAAGUGGGGGAAACGGCGUGGUCCUUCCAAAGAUUAAGGCACGAUACGGUGGGCAGGCCUUCUCAGGACCAUUCAGCUCCAUUCAUUUUGUUCCAGGUGGUACUGCACAUUUGAUGAAAAAGAAAAACACGGCGAAAGCCAAGGUGGGAUCUUUGGAUAACAUUGACUAUGAGACAUAUGGAGGAAAAUUAGAAAUCCCCCUCUAUGGCAAACCAAACUGGAAAACAGAAGCAAAAGUUGGAUCUUUGGAAAAAAUACUUCAUCAGCCAGGAGGAGGAAACAUUGUUGUACCAGAUUUAAAACCAAAAUGGAAAUCAGAGUCAAAGGUUGGAUCACUGGACAAUGCUAACCACAUCCCAAACAAACCCAAGUUUCAGGUACCUCAUUUUAAGGAAAAAUGGGAGGAAUUAGCUUCACCAAAAGUAGGUUCACUGGAUAAUGUAGACCAUGUACCCAAGGGGGGUAUUUCUUCGAUAUAUAAUCAGUCGCAAAAAUGGACAAAAGAGUCUAAAAUCGCACAUCUGUGGAAGAAAAAGCAUGUUUACAUUGACCCUAAUGACCUUGACUAUGACGAAGACAAGGAGAUUGAGGCAAGAAUUAGGAGCAUGUUAUACCGUGGGCAUCCCUCUUGAUGUAAUUCAGUGAUGAUGUAAACUAUAUACAAACUUUGAGACAGAGUGGCUAUAGCACUUUCCCUCACUUAGAGCACUUGACUUUUAUAAUGACCUAGCUUAGGAGUACUCGUAUUCAGGAUGUCAUCAAAUGAUGACACCCACAUUAACACAUGUAUCUGUGACCAAUAGAUAAAGUAAAAUGUAGAAAUGUGUAUUGGCUUUUGAUGUGUCAUGUUCAACUUUUUAAAAUACAAUUUUUGAAAUUGAAAAAUACAACAGGUAUGUAUUUACGAUAUUCGUGAUGAAUAUCAGUUAUUAGCCUGAGAAGUAAUUAUACAACAUUCUGACAAUUCUGUUGUUACUAAAUUUUAGCCAAGAAAUAAAAGACUUUUAGUAUUAUCACCGUGCCAGUAUCAGUAAUGUAUCAUAGUGUUUUUGGCUAUCGCACAAGACCAAACAAGUGAGAAACAGAAUCGACAGAUAUUUGUGAGAUGUUAAAUUCUACAGGGUGAAUGGUAUUUUGAAGUCUUGUACAAGGCACAUCAGAAUUAAGCCAUUUAUUAAUAUUCAUCUCUCACUUGAUUCCUUUCUUUUCCAUAUUUUUACACCUUCAAGGUAGGGGGUGCUUAUCUAUUUUUCUGUUAUCCUUUUAUUUCAGUCACAACUUGACAGACAGUUUAAAUGUCUGGCAUGUUUGGCACUGAGACUUUAGAGAUGUCAUGUUAUUUUGAUGUCACUGUAUACAUAUAGGUGUCACAGUACAAAUGUGUCACUCUUUAGAGAUGUCAUGUUAUUUUGAUGUCACUAUAUACACAGGUGUCACAGUACAAAUGUGUCACUCUUUAGAGAUGUCAUGUUAUUUUGAUGUCACUAUAUACACAGGUGUCACAGUACAAAUGUGUCACUCUUUAGAGAUGUCAUGUUAUUUUGAUGUCACUAUAUACACAGGUGUCACAGUACAAAUGUGUCACUCUUUAGAGAUGUCAUGUUAUUUUGAUGUCACUAUAUACACAGGUGUCACAGUACAAAUGUGUCACUCUUUAGAGAUGUCAUGUUAUUUUGAUGUCACUAUAUACACAGGUGUCACAGUACAAAUGUGUCACUCUUUAGAGAUGUCAUGUUAUUUUGAUGUCACUAUAUACACAGGUGUCACAGUACAAAUGUGUCACUCUUUAGAGAUGUCAUGUUAUUUUGAUGUCACUAUAUACACAGGUGUCACAGUACAAAUGUGUCACUCUUUAGAGAUGUCAUGUCAUUUUGAUGUCACUAUAUACACAGGUGUCACAGUAUAAAGUUAUCAUUGUUGCCAGUAUAAAGAAUAUGCCUGUACAUGGAUGUCACUUUAUAGAGUCACCAGUGUAAUUAAAGAAUAUCCCUGUACAUAUAGAUGUCAUUUUAUACAAGUACCGGUAUAAGAUUAUAGCUGUGCCUUUCAUUUCCAGAAACUGUCUUUUGUGUACAGUAUAUUUGUUGCAUUUUUCAUCAUCCAGAUUAUUAAUAAAUUCUGUAG